AUGGAUCCUUUGUCAAUAACGGCCAGUGUUAUCGCUCUUAUUCAACUCACAGCGAGCAUCGCACGGAGCUGCGGGCGCUACGCCAAGUCGGUGAGCAGUGCCCGCGAAGAUGUAGCCUCGCUGCAAUCAGAAAUCGUCCAGUUCGCCAGGACCCUCGAGAAGCUCGCGGAGCUACUCGCUGGACCUCAUGCGGCCAAGCUGGUUUCUUCGGAUAUCAUCGCUGUGGACCUUGAUAAGUGUCUUCUCGCUUUGACUACUCUCGACAAGCAGCUUGAUCCAGGGCAUCCACACAAAGCGAUGAGUAAGCUGGGGAUUCGAGCGCUGAAAUGGCCAUUGCAGCGUACUGAAGUUGAAGGUAUCAAGAGGGACCUGGACAAACAUAAGGCAUCGCUGAACCUGGUCUUACAGGUCGAUCAGACCGUACUUCUUACCGAAGUUUCGCGGCAAACAGAAAAUAUCGGCCAGAAGCUCGACAUGGAGAAGCUGCCCACGAUAUCAGCCGCAGAAUUCGACUCCUACAUUAACCAGCAUGAGACCGAAUGCUUGCCCGGUACUCGGACCAGGAUCCUCGACCAGAUAAAUCAAUGGGCACGGUCGCCAGAGGGAAAAUGUAUCUUCUGGUUGAACGGGAUGGCUGGCUCGGGUAAGUCGACUAUCUCUCGGACGGUUGCCAGUAACUUCAGAGCCCAAGGAUUGUUGGGCGCGAGUUUCUUUUUCAAGAGGGGCGAGGGUGAGCGGGGCGAAGCGAGCAGAUUCAUCACCACGAUCGCCAGUCAAUUAGCCAGAAACGUGCCAGGACUAAAUGCCGGCAUUGGAGCAGUAUUGAAGGAAGACCAUCAGGUAUCGACAAAGUCAUUCAAGGAGCAGUUCGGGAAGCUACUCCUUCAGCCACUCGGGGCCUUGAGCCAGCAGACUUCCAGCAGACAAACCAUAGUCCUCGUUGUCGACGCGCUGGACGAAUGUCAGCCAGUGCAGGACGUCCGGCUCCUUCUGGAGCUGCUCCCUGACCUUGGAAAAGUAGGUCCGGUUGAUGUCCGCGUCUUUCUCACCAGCCGCCCCGAGCUGCCGAUCCGAAUGGGCCUUAUGAAAAGUCCUGAGGCACAUCAACAUCUUGUUCUUCACGAUAUCCCCACAGCCGAAAUCCGCCACGACAUAUCGAUGUUUUUCCAUCAUCGCCUAGCGCGGAUCAGAAAAGACAGGGACCUACCGGCGGAUUGGCCCGGCGCCAGCAAUGUCCAAAAACUCGUCACGACAUCCGUUCCAUUAUUUGUCUUUGCCGCCACCAUAUGCCGUGUGUUGGAGGACCCUCAAUGGGACCCAGACGAGAGUUUAUCUGAGGUCCUCAAUUAUCAGAGCGAGGAGUCAAAGUUGAGUGUGACGUAUAUGCCGAUCUUCAAUCAACUUCUUGCUAAUCAGACCGAAUCCAAGAAGGGAAGGCUGAUUGAUGAAUUUCGGGAUGUUGUCGGUGCAGGAAUACUGCUGGUCACGCCGAUGACAGUCGCCUCAAUCUCUCAGCUUAUUUCCAUGCCCGAAAAGAUCGUCCGGCUGAGGUUCAACUCCCUAAAUUCGGUAUUCAGCGUGCCGGAAUCCAACUUCGAGGUGAUUCGGCCAUUCCAUUUGUCAUUCCGAGAGUUUCUCCUCGAUCCGCAUACUCGAACAAAGACCCCGUUCUGGGUCGACGCGCAGGCGAUGCAUUUGAAACUCGCCAAAGGCUGCCUGAGGCAGCUGCGUGACCGGAUGAAGAAGAAUAUCUUGAACUUAAACGACUACGGAACAACGGCGUUUUUGCGCAGAAGAAGGGAUGUCAGAGCCGUAGAGAAGGAUAUUCCGCGUGAAUUGAUGUAUGCGGUCCUUUUCUGGGCGGAUCACUUUGUUAAGAGCAGUCCACCAGAAGCCUGGAUUGCAGAGGUGGCCGAAUUUCUCGAAGAGCAUUUUCUGCACUGGUUGGAAGCGAUUUUUUCUGUUGAUGGCUCUGGUAAUCUCAGCAGGACGCUCCACGAGCUCCAACAAGUCUUUCUGGGCCAUAAGGUUGUGCUUGAGAUCCUGGAGGACGGGGUCCGGUUUUGUAGUUCAUUUCGAGAGCUGGCACACAACAUCCCGCUUCAGCUUUACUCGUCAGCUCUGGUCUUCUCUCCAUCGAAUUCCGCGAUCCGAAGGAGAUACAGCAUUGAACGACCAAAGGAGAUACGUUCUCUACCACAAGUUCCGGAUUCUUGGGAUGCAAUUAGGGAAUCUCCACUUGAAGGCUUUGGUGGUGGUGGUGAAGAAGCUCCUGGAACCCGCGUUCAGGUGCUUGAAUUUUCUCCAAAUGGCAAGCUGGUGGCUGCCGGAUCCCUUGACGGUACUAUCACGUUAUGGGACUGCCUAACAGGGACUGUCCAACGAACGCUCAUAGGUCAUUCGGACAGGGUAAAUCAUUUGUCUUUUUCACCUUCAGGCGACGGAAUCCUGGCCUCUAGUUCGCAUGAUAAAACCGUCAGAAUAUGCGAUACCACCACGGGGGCCACGCUGCAUAUACUAGACCAGCCGGCGAUCGUGAGUGUGCUGGCCUUCUCACCGGAUGGAAAACUUCUGGCUUCGGCUGCCGGAUCGGAAGGAGUGUAUCUUUAUGAUCCUACGAGUGGGGCUCUAAAGCAGUGUUUGGCCCAUGACUCGAACGUCUGGGCAGCUGCCUUCUCGCCGGACAGCCAAAUGGUGGCAACGUCCUCGAGCCGCCCAGACCAGAUCAUUCUAUGGAACGUCACUGAUGGCACCGUGCGACACAGGCUAGAAUGUGGCUUCCUCACUACAUCUGUGGCAUUCUCCCCGGAUGGCAAAUCCCUAUUAAGUGUGAUUUACCGACAUGACCGCCUUCAACUAUGGGACCUUAGUCGUACUGAAAGAAUGAAGUACGAGUUCCGGAUGCGGGUCUUGGUGUCCCAGGCAAAGUUCUCAUCCGACGGUACGCAACUGGUCACGGAUAAGGGCAGUAUUGAUAUCCGGGAUUUAAGGGGCGAAUGGGAUUACUUUACGCCUAAUAAGAGCAACACGGUCCUGCUGGAGAAGCCCUGGAUAACGGUCAAUGGGACCCCGAUUAUGUGUCUAUUGAGGGGCCACGAGCCGUCGGCUUCGGCGGUAAAGGAUGAUGUCGUGGCGCUGGGUUUCCGGUCUGGGCUGGUGUUGGUUAUUGGGUUUGACCGUGGCGAUGGUGGACCAUGAUUUCUUUUCCUUCUUGCCAGUUGGCGGUGAUCAUGUCAUGUACCGGAUUGUGGGAGUUGUUGAAUUGAUAUAUUUGUUUCUCUAGCUGGG